AUGCCGGGCGAAGAGGAGGCGCAUAAGUAUUUCGAAGUAUUUUUCGACAAAAUCCAUCCCUACAUUCCCGUGAUUCACAGGGACGACUUUUAUCGACAAUGGGAAGCCGAUAAGACAAAGAUCCCUUCCCUUUUGCUCGAAGCAAUAUUUGCUUGUGCCGGAAUGGCAUCCCACGACCAAACAAAAGGGAUGCGAUGGCUCACUCUAGCAAAUAGACAUGAGUCAACCUUCCUCGAGGCCCCUCGGCUCAGUACAAUCCAGGCAUUAUUGCUGUUGCUGAAGGCGCGUGAGGCGGUGCCAAAGAAUGGAUAUUAUUAUCGAUCCUGGCAAUUGGUGAAAACAAUUGUUUGCAUGGCUAAGGACCUUGGUCUUCAUGAACAUCACAAUUACCACAAAGAUGGUGAACCUUGUGGCAUGGAACCUGUAGACUGUCUUGUCGCCACCAGAGUUUGGCAAACACUUGUCAUUGUUGAGGUGUUAAUCGGUGCUCCACAAGGGCUCAAUGACUUUGCUGUCGAUGUUGAAACUGUAGAUAUCGGAACUACCUGGAAUGUUUCCGGCUUAGACGCAUAUGAAAUGGAAAGAUCUCGACAAUACGCUUAUCUAGUGCAGAAUGCGCUGAAUAUGAGGCGAUUUAUCGACACUCAUAAACAAUCGAAGAGACAAAGUGAUGGGCUCAAGGACCCUCGUUUUACGGCGAAUAAUAAUGCGCUUGACGAAUUGAUCGCCAAUUUGCCUGCGGAUCUCCAAGUUGUAUUUCCAACAGAGGGUUCUUCACCUUGGCUUUCGUCACAUUUCAUGGGUAAUUUGAAUGUGCACUUUCAUCUCAGUGUUAUAUUACAGCAUCGUUCGCAGCUUACUACCGCGAGUGAUGGUUCGCGUCCUACUUCUUGGAGAACCCAUAUGACUCGGUGUUAUUCGUCAGCCAAGGCUAUCUAUCAUCUGCAAGACGCUAUCAUUUCAACCAGCGGCCUAACUAGCCUGAGCUACAUGCAAAGGGGAAUCCAUUUCACGGUGUACUGCAUAUUGACGUGCCUGAUGGUGCAUUCGGCAGUUCUUUCAUCCUCAGACGUGGAGCUAUAUUCUGAUGCGGCAGUGUACUUCUCGCGGCAUAUGCGCCUCCUCGAGCAAUGCACCAAGAAAUGGUCACUACCAGACAUUCAAGCACAACUAGAUAUCGUGCGAGCAACAUUAUCUGUGGACACCACGAAACCUUUUGAGCUCAAAUCAUUGGCGACCCAAGGUAUCCCCGAACAAUCACUGGCUUCGAAGCCUCUGCAGUUGCACAUAGAUGUUCCCGGGAACAAAAGCGUGUUAGAGCAUUCUGCCAGUACCGUAAAUGGGCUAUGCACUUCAUCACCUCCGAUGGUGUUCGAAAUGCUGUCAAGCUGUACAGAUAUCGACCCCCAGUUCGUCACCUAUCUGGAUGAUGGAAUCAACUGGGAUCCAACUCGCCUAGUCACACAAUGGGACUUGGAACUCUCGAGUAGAAGUCUAAGUCCGGCGUCUCCAGAAUCAGUAGUGACACCUAAUCGCAAUGCUAUUGACCACAUCUUUCCCAUCCAGUUUGACUCCACGCCUGGUUCGCCUUUUCAGAAGGAGGCGCUUUAUUGCACAUAUGAUUUUGAACAAUCGCUUAUGACCACCGUUGAUCAAAAAUGGGACGGCGAGAUCUCCGGUAUUUAUACAUCAGAGGGGCUGAAGAGAAAAUGGGAAGGAACAGACACCUUCCUGGAAGAGCCAUUGGCGACGCAGAGGGUUUAG